AUGUCGUCGACUAGAACCCAAGUACGAGGGGAGCCACUUCCUAGGGUUCCGGCAAGAUACCAUCGUAUGAUAAACUUUUUUGUUUGUGGAGUUCCCAUCAAAACUCACCACCGUGUAAGCAAUGUACUCCGUACGAGUGGUUCAUCGUUGGGUUCUGUCCCAACAAGAACCGAGGAAAGCCAGUUUCUUCGUGGUGACGUUAACGGCAGAUUCGGGAGGUUCGGUGGAAAGUUUGUACCGGAGACAUUGAUGUCUCCUCUGAGAGAUCUUGAAGACGUAUUUAAUUUUGUUUUGAGCGAUCGUGAAUUUCAGGAGGAGCUUACCACAGCGUUAAGAGAGUACGUAGGAAGAGAAACGCCUCUCUACUUCGCGGGACGUUUAACGGAACACUACAAGAACAUAUCUCAAACCACCGGAGGUGGACCCCAGAUAUACCUGAAAAGGGAAGAUCUUAGUCACUGUGGGUCCCAUAAGAUCAACAAUGCUCUCGGUCAAGCGAUGAUUGCUCGGCGGCUAGGUUGCAAGCGUGUGGUGGCAGCAACCGGAGCCGGUCAACAUGGGGUCGCCACGGCGGCUGCUUGUGCAAAGCUCUCCUUGGAGUGUACUGUUUUCAUGGGAACCACUGAUAUAGAGAAACAAUCCUCUAAUGUACUUUCCAUGAAACUGCUUGGUGCUCAGGUGAAAUCAGUGGAAGGAAGAUUUAAAGAUGCGAGUUCAGAGGCUAUUCGAAAUUGGGUUGGAAACCUAGAAACCACAUACUACUUAUCCGGGACUGUGGUGGGACCGCACCCGAGUCCGUUAAUGGUACGCGAGUUUCAAUCCGUGAUAGGGAAAGAGACGAGAAGGCAAGCAAACCAACUAUGGGGUGGUAAGCCUGAUGUGUUGUUGGCUUGUGUGGGCAGUGGCUCAAACGCAUUGGGAUUGUUCCAUGAAUUUCUUGGGGAUGAGGAUGUGCGACUAGUCGGGAUCGAGGCCGCUGGACUGGGUCUGGAUUCAGGGAAACAUUCAGCUACUUUGGCCGUUGGAGAUGUUGGUGUGUACCAUGGCUCCAUGAGCUACUUAUUGCAAGAUGAUCAAGGACAGAUAGUUAAGCCACACUCCGUAGGAGUAGGAUUAGAGUAUCCCGGAGUUGGACCAGAGAUUAGCUUUCUGAAAGAAACUGGAAGAGCCGAGUUCUACACAGCAACGGACCAAGAAGCCAUUCAAGCGUGCAUGCUAUUGAGCAGACUGGAGGGAAUAAUCCCAGCAUUAGAACCGUCUCACGCGCUGGCGUUCCUCGACAAACUUGUUCCUACUCUACCUGACGGUGCCAAAGUGGUAGUGAAUUGCAGUGGCCGUGGUGACAAAGAUCUAAACACUCUCAUACAACGAGGCGUGCUUUCUUCUCUUUGUUGA